AUGAACCGAUUCGUCGACACCACCGAAAGCUGGAUCGAAACAAGCAACGGCAACCGAAUUUCAAAAUAUGCUGAAAUACGUGGUGGACAAAGGAUCAUUCUUUCAGGCUUCUGCGUUCUUUCGAAAAACUGCAAGUUACUUGGAAAUGUCGCCAUAAAGAAUGAGGACGACGCCGCGAUUUCAAUGGGACUGCUUUGUAUUGUAGGAAAAGGCUGCGUGCUAAAGCCUCCCCGAAUUGGUUUCAAGAUAGAUAACUUAUCUGGGUCAAGAGUACCUGUUCACAGUUCUUUGUGUAUGGGAUCUUUUAUUUUGAUUGGAUCGAACUGCGAAAUUAGCUGCAAACAAAUUGGAAGAAGGAUUGUGCUUGGUUGUAACGUUACACUUUCCCGUGGAUGCGAACUGGGUGAUGUUGUAAUUGUUGAUAAAAACGUCAAGGUUCCAGAAAAGUGCAAGGUUCCAUCCUACAGCAGAGUUCGAAGACAUCCUGUGCUGCCAGGGUCAGUCUCUUUCAUUUCUUUACUUGGCAGUAUGCGCAAGUGCAUCGAGGACUGGUGCAGGAUGGAAUAUAUGGGUUUAGCGGUGGAUUUAGAGCAGAUAGUGUCUCAAAUAUAA